AGCGUUCCAGGUCCAGUUUCUCGCCUGGCCAUGUCGCAUGCACAACAGAAUUUCGGCCCGGAGGAAUUCCAGCGCACAGCGUGAACCGCACCGCCCGAGAAGUCCUCGUUUAUAAGGGCGUAAAAAAUGCCUGCCCUCUUCUAGGGCGUUGGUGAUCGUCGAUAUGACCCGUCUGAAAAUGCCAUAUCAAAUUUUCAACAGUUGCACAUCUAUAAUUUUAUUCGAAGCAAUCAGUCGAGAAUGAUUUAAUAAUAUUACAUUACCCGAGAAUAUAUAAUGUGGACUCCGGUCACACCGAAAAAUGACGGAAAUGGAAAAAUCCCUUGUUCUAGAUCGAAACACAGCGUGACACUCUACGGCAACCACCUCUACCUCAUUGCUGGGCGAAAUGGAAACAUUCCCCUGAAAGACCUUUGGAGAUAUUCAUUGAGUGAUGGGAUUUGGGAACAGCUCGACCCAAGCGGGGAUAAGCCUCCAAAUCUCCAAGAGCAUACGGCGGUGGCUUACAAGGAUUCCAUUUACGUUUUCGGAGGAGAAGUCGGAUUUUCAGCUUGCAACGAAGCUCCUCUUUGGGUCUACAAUGUCAAGAACAACAACUGGAGAAAAGUCCGAGGUGGCAAGGGGGCGACUGUACCUAAAGGUAGAAGGGGCCAUUCCGCCCUAGUGCACAGGUCCACGAUGGUUAUUUACGGAGGGUAUCGCGAUCUGAAAGGGUCGUGCAACGAAUUGUGGGUCUUCCAUUUUGAGACUGAAUCUUGGCAUCUCCUCUCAAAUGGAAGAGUUUCUCCUCCUGCUCGUCACAAACACAGCAUGGUGAUUCAUGACAGUUCCAUUUGGAUAUUCGGUGGUAUGACUGAUCUUCAAGAGAGAUCUGAUCUAUGGCGUUUUGACACAGUCAGGAAAUUAUGGCUUCAGGUAAAGUGCAAAGUGCAACCUGGUUCCCUACACAGUCAUGCGACGUGCAAACUACUUAGUUCUAUGCUUAUAUUCGGCGGGGAGAGAGCAGGUCAGGCAAACAAUGAGUUGUGGAGAUUUCAUUUUGCAACAGAAACAUGGGAGAAGCUGACUUUGGAGGGUUUGAUACCUCAACCGAGAUCUGAAAGCGUAGCAUUGACAGUCCCUGAACUACUUUUGCAAGGAAACAAUUGUAUCAGUAAAUGCUCACCGAAAAGGGUAAGGAGCGGCAGCUCAAUAGAGCGCCAAGUUAAAACAAGAAGUUCUCUCAACCAUAGGCCUAACACAACUCCUACAGCAUCAAAUCUCAGCAUUCUCAAAGAAAUCUCCAAACUCUCACAAAUCAACUUAACCAGAUUGGGGCAAUCGGGAAAGUGCAAUUAUUCCGUUUUGAGCAGUACAGAAAGCAUAUCAGAAACUUCCUUAGUUGGUGAAAUGGUAAAGUCCCAGAGCCAUCAUAUAAUUGCAAAAUCCUUGAUUUCUCCAACUACCAGUGUGCAGCCUACACUUCCAAGAGAUCCUAUAUCUGUGCCUAACUUUUCUUCCUUAGCAUCUUGCACACUAACACCUGUUGAGGUCACAAAAUUAGUAUAUCUGGAUGAUGAAGAAGCACCUUCGAGUACGGCCAAACAAGAUUUUUUCUCCAUCCAUCAGCAACUCCAGCCUAAGACGAGAAAAGGAUUUCCAAAAUCAGCUUCUGUCCGUUUUGGCAACCCCCUCACUACCCCAGAGGAAAACUGUGAUGAAACGUCAGAUUAUGCAAGCAUUGAGACAAUGAAUCGAAUAUCGUCAAGCUGCAAUUUUGAAAAAACCAAAAAAGAGAACAAAGAGGGCCCUUAUAGUUUCUCCAAUCCAAACUACAUGGGACCAGAUAUCAAGGAAAUCCUCUCAGAUAACGAGUAUGUCAAAACUUUAAACAGUCCUCCAGAUAGCGUGUUAGAAGAUGCCCAGGGGAGAAGUAACAGCAGGCAAGAAAUGAUUGAAUUGAAACCCAUACCACCUAAAAGCUUGCCUCUUGCCUUAAACUCUUACAAUUCUCAGAUGAAUAUUUCUACAGACAGAAGAGUUAGAGCAUCAAGCGCUACACGGACAGAAAGAGAGACAACGAAAUUUUGUGUAUUCAUCAUCGGCGGUAAAGAACGGGGUCAAGUCACUGUCUUUAAAAGACCUAUUUCAAUAUGGAAACUCCAAUUGAACCCAACCGUAUAUUAAUUUUUUUUAAAAAUAUUAAUAGAGGCCUAAUUUAUUAUUAACUUAUUGUGAAAGAUGAAGAAAUAGUUACGCUCAAAACUUUUCCUUGUAGGUUUUUAAAUGUCCAUUAAAUUGGCCAGACAAUCAAAAUAUUUUGUAAUCUUUAAAAAUCCAGUUGUGUAAAUUGGUUUUACUAUAUCAAUUUCAAAGAAGAAAUAAUUAGAUAAAAAAUUACUUGUAAUACAGAUAGCACUAAAUAAUGUUCAAUAGAUAUUCACAUAGCCAUAGAAUGACAUAAACAGUGAAUAAUUUUUAAUACAAAUUAAAUUUUUGUGGUUUGUUUGGCCAAUAGAUAAAAUAUUGUAUUUUCAUCAUUCUUAAACAUCGGUAAUUAAGAAAAAUUAAUGUGAUGAAAGCCAAAGAUUGUUAUUUUAUUAUUAUUUAAAAGAUAUUAAACAAACGCUUAAUUGGUACCUUGAUGAGAGAAGGCCGGUGUGAAAUAUUUGGCCUUACCUUGGGGAAAACCCUUUUAAAAAUAUUUCUGGAAAAUUAAACUUAAAAAACGCAAGGGAUCACUUUUUAGAAUUCCUCCUAUUAGAGAUUGUAGAUUGUAAUGUUUUUCCUCGAUGAGACUAGAAAACUAACCAGAGUAUUAAAUUGUGUUCAUUUAAAUCGUAAAUAAAUGAAUCUACAACAGGUCAAUUCCUUGUAGUAACAAGAAUAUUUGGGAUUGACGUUAAAAAAUGGUACCUUUUAGAAGCAAAUAUCUGGCAUUUUAAAGUCAGAGGUUUUCUAGAACAAGGUAGUCAAGAGAUUGUUUAGUCUAUUGACCAGAAAAAAUUGUUAAAAAAUAUAUUGCCCCAAGGUUUUUAAUAUAAAACAACAAAAAAAUGAUAUUUUUGUUAAGACUAAUGAAAAAAGCUAUGAGAUGUGUGAUUUAACUGUUUCCUUUAUGAUCUCAUUUAUGUUUUCUUCUAAAAUGAAACAUUGUAGGUAGUUUUUAGCAUUAAUGUUUUAUUAUUUGUUAAUAUAAAUUGAGUGGCCAAUUAUUAGAACUUUGAUACAAGGGGAAUCAUUGAUUCUAAAGUCUGAUUUGUAGAUCAGUACCUGCUAGGUAAAUAGAUUUUAUAUAUAUAUAACAAAAAGAAAGACUAAGUGAUGCUAGACUAGAAUUUGUAAAAAAUUUUUAAAUCAUUUUUACAAGAUAUAAAUUAAGGUCCAAUAAUAAAUAAACAUAGUUUUCAGGGAAAGAAAAUUAUUUACCAAUGUUACAAUAUGUAGAGGUCACUCAAGUCAUUGUCAUACAUUUUUUCUUAUUUUACCUAUAUACAUAACGUUAACCAGGGUUUUUUUAAAACACAUUUUAUAUAGAUUAUUAUUGGUAUUUGUGAAUUGUAAUCUAUUUAGUUAUUUAGAAAUGUCUUCCUUAUAUAACUUAACAAAUGAAAGAUUUUUUUACUAAGUAUUGUAAUUUGGUUGUUUAAGAACAAAAAAGAGAUAUACACAACACCAAAAAAUUAUUCCUAAAUAAAAAAAUGAUAUACAUGAAAGUUCAUUAAAAUAUUCAUUAUAAUUAUCAUUACAUGCCAAAAAUUUUAGUUAAAUGUUUGUCUGCCUGGAUGUAGUUGUGUAUUGUGAUGAAAAAUUUCCGGCCGAUACUCCAUCCAAAUUUCAGUGCAAUCUUAUAGCAAACACCAGGAUGAAAAAUCUUUAAAGAAAGAUUUCAUCGUUUUGGAUAUAUUAAAUGUUUGCUUAAUGAAUAUGCAAUCUACUUGGCACAGUUCUUCACAAGGGACGAACAAAACUUAAGUUGUUGACGACUGUCAAUACUGCACAUUUGACAUCUGAACCCCUUGUCGAAAACUCAAAUCAUUAAUUGUUAGUGAUUGUAGAUGUAAAACUGUGUAGAUGUUUUAUGUUGAUAAAUAUAUGAUUGUUGAUUA